AUGGAUCCGAGCCCGGGCUUCCACAAAUCCGCUGAGGGUGACGAGCCACAACCCAAGGUCGAAGCGUUGACUCAGGAAGAAAUCAAUGAGCGUCUGCGCCGCAAGCGCAAGGCCCGCGGGCAAAAGGCCUGCCAUCCUUGUCGCCAGAGGAAAGUGGGUUGCAAUUAUCAACACCCCUGCCAAAAGUGCGUCGACCGCAACCACCCCGAGCUCUGCAUCUAUGAGCCCGUGUCCAAGCGUGCAAAUCUCGACACGGCGGCCGGCCCGGGAACGGCACCUGGCGCUUCCAACGAAGCCACGGCGAUGGGAUGGAGCAGGAUCAGCGAAAGACUGCAGACGAUCGAACAGGCCAUUCAAGAGCUGCGGAAUGAGUUGAAAGACUUGCCGGGACGGGACGGGUCUCCUGCGACGCUGGUCGGCCGGCCCAAGGUCGAGAGAAUGGGACGAGACUCGAGCAGUGAGGGUGUCGAUCAGGACAACUUUGCCAUCCACACCAGCAACGAAGUCACGGGCGAGACCGUCCAUCUGGGCGGCAACUCUGUCCCGGCCAUGGUCUUUUCACUGAAGAGCGACCCUAACGAGUAUGAUGUCCAGGACGUCCUCGGCAAGAGCAUCCUACCUCUGUUCGGCCUGGACAAUGAGAGUGCCACCUACCCGUUCGUGGACCUUUGGGGCUUACCUCACGGAUCUUAUGCCAGACUGCAGGCCAUGUGCCGGUUGUUGCCCACGGACGCCGACUGUCUGCAAUAUUUUGCACAGUACCGGGAUACGGCUCAUGUGCUUUUCCCGGGGGUCGUGGACAUCAAACACUUUGAGGGGGAACUCACCCAUUUUCUCAUCAACAAAGCCGCCGCCACCAGGGAUGCCCCGUAUGAGGCGCUGUCGAACGACAAUAUAUACGGCAAAACGCUCCAUUGGGUGGGGUUGCUGUUCGCCAUCCUCGCUUCUGGCUACCAAUGCUCGUCGUUGCCGCGGAAAGAACGCCAACUGACGAGUCAGGUAUACGUAUGCUGUGCGUAUGAAUGCCUCCGCAUCAUCAAUUACCUGUCCAAUUCCAAGUUGCUCGAUAUCCAGACGUUGUUGGUGCUGGGGAAUGUUAUUUCCAAUAACAUGAACUCGGGCAUUGCCUGGUGCUUGCUCGGACUGACCAUCCGGAUCGGACAGAGCCUCGGUCUUCAUCAGAAAUCCUACCGGGCCAGCUCUGAGGCUGAGCGGUCGACACGAGAAGAACUUUGGUGGAGGAUCGUCUGGCAGGACAGUCUGAUCUCCAUCACCUUUGAUCGAGCAUCGUCGACUCCCACCAUCUCGCACCACAAAUCCGUCCAGUCGGCCGACCACACGUGGCUGUCGUACACCGAUUGUAUGAAGAUCUUGUGUGAGACGGGUCUCGAGAUUGUGCGGGAGAGGAGUAAGCACAGCGAUCCUCGGUACGAACUCACGCGAAUCCACCGUCAUCAGACGGAGCUGUCCAAAAUGAUGGAGCACGCGCUGCAGCAUCUCAAAGAUGCCACGGCGUGCCAGUCGAUGAGGGAUCAACUCGAGCACUGGAACCUCUAUCUCCAUCGGUCAUAUAUCUUGUCGGAAUUGUACCGGUCGGCGUUGAAACGCAAGCAGACGUCGCCGGAACUCGGCAGCUUUCGGGCGGCGUGCUUGGAAAACAUGGCCAACACGGUGGAUGCGUUCCUGGGACUAUCCAACGUAACUCGGUUUGCCACGCAAUCUUGGGCCGCGGUGCAUCGGUCUCUGAGCUCGGCGCUUUUGCUGGGGAUCUUGAAACAGCCCCAGAGUCAACCCCGGGUGCGGAUGCUGCUGGACAAGCUGAUUGUGGCCAUGUCGAGCAUCAGCUCUUCACUGGAUCCCACGGAGCUCUCUGCUCCCAUCUCGAGAGCGGUGAGGGCUCUUGCACGACUCAAUGCGCAUCACGGCUCCGAAGCUGGGACCGAGUACAGCGCGGGUGGUCACGCCCUUCCGGGCUGGGAGCGGAGCAUGAGCCAGGAUGUGUACAUGGGACACCCUUCGAAUGAAGCAUCGGGGGAUGACGCUGGUCGGUCGGACGAUUCGCCCUAUGAGUUGAUGGAGAAGAUCUUGUGGGGAUCCCAGGGCAUAUCUCCAGCGUGA